AUGAGGAAAGCUUCAGCUGACUCAAAGGUGAAGAAAACUUUUGUGCGACAUGCUGAGCAAAAAGUUAAUAUUAGCAAGCAUAAAGUUAUUAGAGAUCCUGGUGCAGGAUCAUCUAAAUCGUCUAUCCAUAAUAUAGUAACGACUCAGGAAUUAGCUCAUCCCACUUUAUGCUCCAGUGAGGUGUUAGCCAACUAUUUAUCUGAAGUUAAAAAGUCUGCACCACCGCGACUUUUACACGAAGAAUUACAAGUUGAUAAAGCUGCACUUAGUGCCAAGGUAACAAGAAAAUUGAAUUUCCAUUUCAAUGAUAGAAUUUACAAUAAUUUAGUGGAACUGAAUGCGGAUGCAGCUGACUUAAAGAAGAAGGACCGGAAAACAAAAAUAACUACAAUAAAAAAGGAUCUUGAACCCAAUAUUGAUGAUUUUUGUCACAAUGAAAAAGCUAAAGAUGUCAUACCUAUUAUCCCUAUCAUUAAACCAAAAUUAAAACCUUUAAAAUGUGUUGACACUGGAAAAUUACAUAAAUUAGUUGCAAUGUUGGAAGUCUUAUGA